GCUCUUUCCGCUUCCGUGCCGGCCAUGCUGCGCUGCUGCCGGGCGGCUGUGGCCAUCGCUGCCGGCUGCGCUCCGCGCUCCCCGUGCGGCCGCCGCGGCCCSGCCAUGGCCAAGAGCAAGUUCGAGUACGUGCGGGACUUCGAGGCGGACGACACGGUGCUGCCCAACUGCUGGAUCGUGGUGCGGCUGGACGGCCGCAACUUCCAUAGGUUUUCUGAGCAGCACGAKUUCAAAAAGCCAAAUGAUGACCGUGCUCUGCAGCUGAUGACCAARUGUGCCCAGACAGUGAUGCAAGAAUUGGAGGAUAUUGCUAUUGCUUAUGGACAGAGUGAUGAAUACAGUUUUGUUUUCAAAAAGAAGAGCAGGUGGUUUAAAAGAAGAGCAAGUAAGUUCAUGACUCAUGUGGUCUCCCAGUUUUCCUCAAGUUACGUGUUCUAUUGGAAGGAUUACUUUAAGGACCAGCARCUUCUGUACCCACCAGGAUUUGAUGGACGAAUUGUGUUGUAUCCCAGCAACCAGAAUUUGAAGGAUUACCUCAGCUGGAGGCAAGCAGAUUGCCAUAUUAAUAACCUUUAUAAUACAGUGUUCUGGAUGCUUGUACAGCGAGGUGGUUUGACACCAGUGCAAGCACAGGAGAGGCUCCGGGGAACUUUGGCUGGAGAUAAGAAUGAAAUCUUGUUUUCUGAAUUCAACAUCAACUACAACAAUGAACCUUUGAUGUAUAGAAAAGGAACUGUCUUAAUAUGGCAGAAGGUUAACGAAGUCUUCACUAAGAAAAUAAAACUGCCAAAGGAAGARGAAGAAAAAGAAGUGGAAGUGACCCGGACUAAGACUAAAGUUGUUCCCCUGCACUGUGACAUCAUUGGGGAUCAGUUCUGGGAGGAAUAUCCUGAGAUUCUGGCUGAGGAUGGUUGAUGUCUCUCAUGAGUAUAACUGGURGUUCACGUUUUGCUCUGCUUGGGUUGUUGGCAAGUGAGGAGUACGGAUGGUGGCGGCUGUAACCCUCUUCAGCAACUGCAUUGGGUUUAGCACUAUUGUUGCCUAAAAAGAAGGCACUGGUGCUGUCUGACAUACARGGAUAUGCCCAUAUGGAAAGCUGAAAUCAUACCCUAUUUUGAAUGUUAAGAACUUAUGAAUUAAGACUGUUCCUGCCUUGGACAUGUAUAUUUGUAAAAAGAGUGUAUAGAAAUUUCCUGUAUUUCUAUAGCAUUUAAAUCAUGAGAUAUUUUACCGAACAGCUGAACUAUAAAAAAGCUUGCUUAUCUGAGYAGAAAGUUAAUAUUUUGAUUUUCAUUUUCAACUGAGAUGGACCAGAAUACUUCARUUGGGAUCUAGUAUUAAGUUUCAAGGCUGGUGUGUUUAGUCAGUCAAGUGACAAACUGUUCACCUGSCUGAUGUCUGAUUCUUACUGAAAGGAAAUGAAGUGGCUCAGCCGUUUCCUGUAGCUCGUUAGAAGUUUUUGUCAGAUGUACAGGAUUUUUAUACUUUAAARAAGUAAAAAYAAUAGUAUCUUCCCUGCUGUGUUUUAUCAUGUGGCCUUUCUCAUUCCUAGGACUUGUACUAGUAAGUGGUGAAAGUUCCAAACAGUGAAAUUAAUAAUAAAGAUUCCAUACAGACUGGAAUUCUGU